CUAUCCUCUCCCGCCUUUAGAGUGAACUCCAUCAUGAACCCAGCAGCUCACGAGCAACCCCUAUUUUGAAGUGACCCGCGAGCUCUACCGUCCAUGGUGUACAGGCGAUUGUUGCAGACAGCGGCAGUGCUUCGGAAAACUAUUAAGAGAUGUCUAAAAGGAAACAUAGGUCCUCAGAUGAGAGCAAUAACAAAAGAGCCAGGUCUGAACAAGUGGAGGAUGAUGAGGAGGACAUAGUUGGACCAAGUCAAGCUACCCUCCCGACUGCCCCUUCAGUAAAGACCACCGGAGAAGUGGGGUUAGUUGAAAGCAUUUUCCUGAAAAACUUCAUGUGCCACUCUUUGUUGGGGCCUUUUCCUUUUGGAGACAAUGUCAACUUUGUUAUUGGAAACAAUGGAAGUGGAAAGAGCGCAAUCCUUACAGCCCUCAUCGUUGGACUGGGUGGAAAAGCAACAACAACAAACAGGGGUAUCUCUGUUAAAGGAUUUGUGAAGGAAGGGGAAAGCUCAGCAGAUGUGUCCAUCACAUUGCGCAACCAAGGGCGGGAGGCUUAUAAGUUUGAGGUGUUUGGACCAUCCAUUAUUGUGGAUCUGAGGAUUUCCAGUGAAGGGUUGAGAACAUACAAGCUUAAAAGCAAAACGGGUCAGCUUGUGUCCACAAAAAAGGAGGAGCUUGUUUCAAUUCUUGAUCAUUUCAACAUUCAGGUGGAUAACCCGGUUUCCAUAUUGACUCAAGAAAUGAGCAAGCAUUUUUUGCACUCUAAAGGGGAAGGAGAUAAAUACAAGUUUUUCAUGAAAGCAACGCAGCUGGAGCAAAUGAAAGACGAUUACACCUACAUUAUGACGACAAAGGCUGCCACCAAGAAUAAUAUUGAGAAGCAUGAAGAGUGCUUGGAAGAUUUGAAACACAAGUAUCUGGAAAAAAAAGACAAGUAUAAAAGUCUGGCAUCCCUGGAUGAGAUGCAUUCCAAACUAGAGGCGCUCCAACACCAGAUGGCAUGGGCUUUGGUCGCUGAAAUGGAAAAAGAAGUUAGACCAUUGAGGGAGCGAAUUGUUGUUGAAGAGAAGGGCACAAUCAAAUAUGAACAAAAAGUAGAGGAGUGGAAGGGUAAAGUGGUGGAGGCAGAGAAAAUGUACAAGCAGAUCCAUGACAAGCUGGAGAGCAUCUCUCAGCGUGUGCAGCAGCUGCAGCCACAGUGCGCUCAGUUAAAGAGCCAGGCCCAAGAGUGCAGCAAAGCGUGCAAAGCAGCUGAGGCCAGUUGCCAUCGCAUCAAGACCAAUCUGAGAGACCUGGAGAAGGACAAAGAGCAGCUUACAAAGCGGAUCGAUGAACUGAAGCACAGUAUCAGCCAGUCCAGGGAUGCUGACACCACGGAGCGGAUGGGGAGGAUCUGCAGGCUGCAGGCCGAGCUGGAGGAUCUGAGCCACCAGGACUCCACACUCAACCAGCAAAUCAACCAGUUCCAGCAAGUGGUGGCCAGAUGCCAGGAGGCGCAGAACAGAAUUGAACUGGAAAAGAAGGAACUGUUGAAGGACACGGACAUCAAACGGCGAGCUUUGAGAGGCCUGGAGGCUAGCAGGACUGACAGAAUCAAGCGCUUCGGAGAGCAGAUGCCCAACCUGCUGGCUGCUAUCGAUGAGGCCUUCAGGAAGGGCCAUUUCAGGAAGAAGCCCGUUGGACCAUUGGGCUACUGCAUCCGCCUGAAUGACCCUGCGCUGGCCGUGGCAGUGGAGAGCUGUCUAAAGGCGCUAAUGAUGGCCUUCUGCUGCGAUAACUACAAGGAUGAGAAGACCCUGCAGGGCCUCAUGUCCCGACAUUACAACAACCUUAAGAGACCUCAAAUCAUCGUUAGUGAAUUCUCCGACUCCUUGUACAACAUCAGUGGGAAAGCUGUCAAACAUCCAGAAUAUCCCACUGUACUCCAGGCUCUAGAAAUCGAAGAUCCAGUGGUGGCCAACUGCCUGAUUGAUAUGAGAGGGAUUGAAACUAUUUUGCUAAUUAAGAGCAAUCGAGAUGCCCGUCAAGUGAUGCAGCAAGGACAGCCUCCGAGAAACUGCAGAGAGGCAUUCACAAUGGAUGGAGAUCAGGUGUAUGCAAACCGCUACUACUCCUGUGAGCAACAGAGGGCACAGUUUCUGAGCAGGGACGUGGAGGAAGAGAUCAGACACCUGCAGAAGGAGAUUGCGAAUCAGACCGCUCAGGUGGAAAGUUUCCAGCACCAAUUUAAGGAAAUGGAGGGUGAUAUACGACAGAAUAAAACCCUGCUGGAGAGAGCAUAUCAGGAGAGCAAGAGGGCGCAGGAAAAAUCUCGCAAACUGCAGCGAGAAAUCGGUGAUCUCCAGAAUGUGGAAGAACCUCAGUCUGAAGACCUCAGACCUCUUGAGGAGGAGCUGCAGGAGAUCUGCGAGAAGAUUGCUGUUGCUCGGAGGGAGUGUGAUGUUGCCCAGCAGCAGGCGAGCAAGCUGAAGAAAGCCUUGGAGGAGGCCGAGAUGAAAUACCGUCAGCACAAAGACAUCGUCAGCAGUGUCACAGAAGAAGCUGACCCCAUCAAGGAUGAGCUGAGUAAAAGCGACCAAGAAGUGGAGAAAAGCAAACAUCACAAAAAGCACUAUGAGGAGAAGCGCAAGGCCCAUUUGGUUGGGAUUCAGAAGCAGAAAGCUGACCUGGACAUCAAAGAGCAAGAGCUCAGGGUAGCCUUUGAGAGAGCCACGGCAAUCUGCCCUGCGGUGGCGGUAAACAGAACAGCCAAGAGUCUGGACAGCGAGAUUAGCCGCCUCAAACAGAAGAUCAACACGCAGCAGAAUCAGCAUGGAGACAGGGACGAAAUCAUCAGGCAGUACCAGGAGGCUCUGGAGAACUACAAGAACAUUGCAUUGCAGGUGAAGAAUCUGAGGAAGUUCACCGAACUCCUGACCAAGAUCAUGAAAGACCGACACCGAGCAUAUGAGGACAUGAGGAUGUUACUUUCCGUGCGCUGCAAGUACUACUUUGACUCCAUGCUGUGUCAGCGCGGGUACACUGGGAAAAUAACCUUCAACCACCAAAAAGAGACACUGGCCAUCUCCGUGAAGCCAGGAGAGGGCGACAAAGCAGCUCUGGGAGACAUGCGAUCCCUCUCAGGAGGGGAGCGAUCGUUUUCCACCGUGUGUUUCCUGCUUUCACUCUGGGCUAUCGGCGAGACCCCCUUCCGCUGUCUGGAUGAGUUUGAUGUCUACAUGGAUAUGGUCAACCGGAGAAUAUCCCUUGACAUGAUUCUUAAGAUUGCUGAUGGCCAACGUUCCCGACAGUUCAUUUUCCUCACCCCUCAGAACAUGAGCUCUCUCCCAGUCAACAAGCUGAUCCGGGUUCACCGCCUGAACGAUCCAGACCGCACCCAGACUGUGCUGCCGUUUGGCCAGAGGAACCAAGAGGAAGCAGAGGGAUAAGGUAGAGCUGGCCCCAGGCAGUUACACAAUCAGCACCCUGACUGAGGAGAUCUUGCCAUUUUACAGCCCGUGUGAUACAAAGCCAAAGGAUGAAAAAAAUUAAUCUUGGAUAAUGAAGGAUUUUCUCUUUUGGAAAGUUUGAAUUCUGUAAAAUGUGUAUUUGUAUUCUAAUAACCAAUCAGAUUUAUAGUUUCACCUGUUUUGUUUUAGACUGAUGAAACUGUUGACUUCAUUAGCACUUUGCUAUUGGUGGGUGGCGUUUUCUCUCCAUUUUGUAAUAUUGUAGUUCUUGUGGGGGGAGGGCUCUGCUAAAAUUGUAUAUUUAUAUGAAUGUUGGUUACUGCUCAAUAUGUACAAUUAUUGAUUACAUGUGCAGUUCAGAAGUGUUUUUCUGUCCUAAUUAAGUAAGAAACUUAACUUUUUUAACUUUUGUAUGUGGAAGGCAGAUUUAUUUUCCUGUAUCUGAAUGUAAACAACUUGAUUUUCUAAAAUAAACGUAAUUUUCUGCUGCCAAA